AUGCAGCCCACAAAAUCUAGGAAAUCAAGGUCCCAAAGUUCUAGACCCACCAAGAAGACUGGGAGUCCAAAAACGCCCAAAAAGAGGUCCUCUAGUCCCAAAUCCACCAAGACAGAGGUGGACAUCCUCAGCCCAGCAGCCAUGGAGAACGUCUACUACAUUUCUCACAAUGCAGUGGACUGUCUGAAGUUUAGAGGCUUUGGGUGGCCAAAUGCAAAGAAGAAAAAGAAGGGAACAAAAGGGAAGAAAAAGUGAAUUCGCCAAAUCAGUCAAGUUGUUCCCAUUUUUGGUUAAACCGAUGUGUAAAUGGCACCACCAGGUGGACACGUGUAGUGACUGCAAGUAUACAGAGUUAUGACUUUGGGAACCAGUGCAAUGCAGCGACAUGUUUUUUUGUAUCCACAAAUCCAUACAGUAAAGCUAAAUUACAGACUUUAAAAUUCAUAG